UGGCGCCCGCCAGAGCUGCCGCCUUGUCGCGCAGAGUCCGCGCUCCCGCCCAGGAGGCGGCCGACGCGACGUCCCGAGCGCCCGGCCCCGCCGCCGCGGCCCGGCAGGGAAGGGCCAGACCCACGAGCCACUCAGUCCCCGGACGUGGCGCUUCCCUUCGUAGAAACGCCCCAGCCCGCUCCCGCCGCUCACCCCAACCGGAGGCAGCCAGGCUGCACCUCGCUAGGUGGGGUCCUGGGUUCGGGUCCUCGGUCCUGAACGGAGGGUCCCCCGCGCCUCCUCGCGCGGGGCCGCAGACCAGUCCUGGCCGGUGUGCGAGAGCCAUCUUGAGCGGUUACGUUCCCGGACUAGACGGAGGUCCGGCUGUUACUUCCCGCUCACGACCCUCCCUGCUGUCUCGCAUGCAAGUUUCCAGCCACCCAGACUGCCUCUGUCACUGGGACCCUCCAUCCACAUCCCCUGUGUGACCAGCGUUAGAGCCAUGGCAACGGAGGAGAAGAAGCCUGAGACCGAGGCCGCCAGAGCACAGCCGACCCCUUCGUCAUCUGCCACUCAGAGCAAGCCUACACCCGUGAAGCCAAACUAUGCUCUCAAGUUUACACUUGCUGGCCACACCAAAGCGGUGUCCUCCGUGAAAUUCAGCCCGAAUGGAGAGUGGCUGGCGAGUUCAUCUGCUGACAAACUCAUUAAAAUUUGGGGCGCAUACGAUGGGAAAUUUGAGAAAACCAUAUCUGGUCACAAGCUGGGAAUAUCCGAUGUAGCCUGGUCGUCAGAUUCUAACCUUCUUGUUUCCGCCUCAGAUGACAAAACCCUGAAGAUAUGGGACGUGAGUUCGGGAAAGUGUCUAAAAACUCUGAAGGGACACAGUAAUUAUGUCUUUUGCUGUAACUUCAACCCCCAGUCCAACCUUAUUGUCUCAGGAUCCUUUGAUGAAAGUGUGAGGAUAUGGGAUGUGAAAACAGGGAAGUGCCUCAAGACUUUGCCAGCUCACUCGGAUCCAGUCUCGGCCGUUCAUUUUAAUCGUGAUGGAUCCUUGAUAGUUUCCAGUAGCUAUGAUGGUCUCUGUCGCAUCUGGGACACCGCCUCUGGCCAGUGCCUGAAGACACUCAUCGAUGAUGACAACCCCCCAGUGUCUUUUGUGAAGUUCUCCCCGAACGGCAAAUACAUCCUGGCGGCCACGCUGGACAACACUCUGAAGCUCUGGGACUACAGCAAGGGGAAGUGCCUCAAGACGUACACUGGGCACAAGAAUGAGAAAUACUGCAUAUUUGCCAAUUUCUCUGUUACUGGCGGGAAGUGGAUUGUGUCUGGCUCGGAGGAUAACCUUGUUUACAUCUGGAACCUUCAGACGAAAGAGAUUGUACAGAAAUUACAAGGCCACACAGAUGUUGUGAUUUCAACAGCUUGUCACCCAACAGAAAAUAUCAUUGCCUCUGCUGCACUAGAAAAUGACAAAACAAUUAAACUGUGGAAGAGUGACUGCUAAGUCCCUUUGCUUCCGCGAGAGAGACUGUCAGGAAGUUGACCCGGAUUGGCAAGAAACAUGGUGUCUCAGAGCUGGUCCCCUGGGUCUGCGCCUGGGUCAGGACGGGGCUGGAUGUGAGCCUCCUCUUGGAAGAUGAUUUGGCUGAGCGGAAGGUGUAGAGCACCGGAAGGUUCUAAAAGUUGCUGGUGACAUUUCUUGCCAAUUCUUCUAACACUGUCUAGGGAAAAGUUCCUAGCCUGUUGUGUGCAAAACAGUCAACACAAGUUUUUAAUUUUUUAUUACAAAAGGGUAAAGUUCAAUUUAUCAUGCGUUGUGUUUUUUCAGUAAA